AUGGUGUCAGAAUGCAGGCAACCGCAUAUAGGCCAGCAACGAGGCAACUUUGGGCCUGGACUCCAUCCGACGCAGCGCAUUACACACACACAAGUUUCAGAGGAAGAUGAAGAUGUGAACAACUUGACGCGAAAUCAGGUCGCCGCUCGCCAGGCUGUUUCACGGGAACUUCCGUUAUUCAGCGGUACUCCGGAAGAAUGGCCGUUAUUCUUCUCAACGUUCACAACGACGACCAACCUGUGUGGCUACACACCGGAGAAAAACCUGAUUCGGCUGCAGAAAUGCCUGAAAGGGAAGGCGUACGAGACAGUUAAGUGCAGACUUAUGCAUCCAUCGAACGUCUCAGAAAUUAUUUCUACCUUGAAGAUGCUGUUUGGAAAUCCUGAAGUUAUUGUCCAGGAUUUGAUAACCAAGAUCCACUCGACGCCGGCUCCGAAGGCUGAUCAGUUGGAUACGAUCAUCGAAUUCUCUCUCGCCGUGCAGAACCUGUGUGCGGUAAUCGAUGCUUGCCAGCUGGAAGAAUAUUUAUACAACGUUGCACUUUUACAUGAAUUGGUGGAUAAACUUCCUGCGACAUUUAAGGUAGAAUGGGCAAGACACCGUCGCAGUUUGCCACGAGUACACCUCGCUGCCUUUUCGGAAUGGUUAUACAAUCUAGCGGAAAUAGUCUGCCCGAUUGCCAGCCUGAAAUUCAGCGAAACCAGACUGGCACGAAACAGCAAAAAGAACUCUGCAUUCCUUAAUGCUCAUAACCAAGAAACAUCCAACGAUCCAGUAGGCAAACCACGCCAACAUGUGACUGAACGAUUUGUCGUUGCAGCCAAAACGUGUGUUGUUUGUAAAAAGACUUGUCCCAAUCUGGAGAAAUGUAAGCAAUUCGAGGAACUAGGAUACAAUGCUAGAUGGGCAACAGUAAAGGAGUUAAGCCUGUGUAGAAAAUGCCUCCGUAAACACACCGGGACAUGCAAAUCCAAGCAGGUUUGCGAGAAGAAUGGUUGCACGUUCAAACACCACCAGCUUCUUCACAACGUUCAGCGAGAUGGAGCUGCCGCAAGUAGUUCUAACGCUCCAGGAAAGAAUUCUGCCACAGUUGCUCAAAACACGUCGGUUCGCGAGUGCAACACUCAUCACAAGUCUGCCAACAAAGGGUUAUUUCGGGUUGCUCCAGUCGUCAUCCAUGGUCCUAUGGGACUACCAAAAACGAUCAGUCUCAAGAGGCCAAAAAAGUGUUCCCCGAAGACACUGAACUGA